CAAUUUGGCAGGGGCAAGUUGAUUCCAAAAUGGUUGCCGUUUGUUGUCCUUUUAUGUGAUUUGUGAAGUGUUUUAAUAUAAAUGACCAUUGCCUGUUGAAUUGAUUGUAUUUCCAAUUGGAUUGGAAUAAUGGACGAAAAAGAGAGUUUGCCAGACAAACCAAGUGAAGAGGAGAGUCAGGGAGGCGGUGAUAAUGCUGUAGAAGAGAAACCGGGUGAGCAGAUAUCUGAGGAGGUUAAAGAGGCCUCUAUUGUGGACGCCGGCACUGAAGUUAGUGCUGACAGUACAGAAGAAACAACUACCAGUAGUGAAGUCAAAACUGAUAGUGAUGUAGCAAAAUGUGAAACAGAACUUAGCAAUGAAGAUGUCAGUGAGUUACAGAAUCAUGUUGACCAUGAUGUGAGUGCUGAAGAUAGUAAUAGUGUUAAAAGUGAUGUAGCUAAAGAUGAUGAUAGUAAAAAGGAUUUGGUGGACACCACAGAUGCUGAGAGCCAAGAAGAUAUCAAGGAAGAAGAAGACAAAAUCAUUGAAGAAUCACAAGACAGCGAGAGUAAUUUAGAGGAAAAAUUAAAGGAUGAUCAACCAAUACAGUCAACAUCACAAGAAACCACAAGCCAAGAAUCAACCAGUCAGGAUAACAGUGAGCUGAACAGCAAAGAAAAUAGUCAGGAAGUUCUAGAAGAUAAUACAGCAAGUCAAGAGGCAACUGAGGAAGAGGACACUGUCAAAACUGAUGAAGUUGAUAAAGUAGAUAUAGUUAAUGAUGAAGAGAAGAAAGAACCAGCAGAUGAAGAGAAAAUAACAUUGAAUGAUGACAAAAUUACUUUAGAUGAAACUAAAAUAGAAAUAGCUGGUGAUAAUGAGGAAAAAAAGGAAGUUGCAGAUGGCCCAACAGAUGAUGUUGAAAUUAUUGAAAAGAAGGAGGAUCAGGAAGAGGAGGAGAAAGUUGAAACUGUUGACAAUGAUGAUAGUGAAUUGAAGAAAGAUGAUGAAGUUGGCAAGCCUGAGUUUGAAACAGCACCAAAUGUGUCUGUUGAUGAGGCACAAGAAGAUCAUACACAGGCCCUUGAUCCGUUUGACGCUCUGCUCAAAGACGCGAAUGAUUCUAGUCUAGCACAUGAGACAGCAGAAAAGUCGGACAUAGCAGUGUCUGUUAAUAUUGACGAUGAUGAUGACGAUCACAACGCCGAUGACCAUCAAGCUGACGAUCACCAUGCCGAUGGUGAUGUGCAUGAUGAUGAUGAAGAACAUCAUCCAGUUACGGAACUGGUGGACGAACCUGGUGCUGAUGAAGAAGUGUGUCUCCUACCUGACAUUGAGAGGGAAAUAUCUGAGGCUGAUAAGGCCGAAGCUGAAAAGGCUUUGGCUGAGAAAAGGAAACAGGCUGAAGCAGAAGCAGCAGAGGCGUCAAUACCGAAGGAGGAAACCGAAGCAGACUUAGAUAUAAAUAAAGACAACCAACAGACUGAUGAGGCAGCAGAACAUAUUGAAGCUGACACUAUUAAUGAAGACGCGUCACAGGAAAACGGUGCGGAUAAAGAAAUCGAGAACGAAAACGAGCAUGAGCAUGAAGAACCCGCAGAAGUCGAAGAAAAUGUAAUACUCAACAUCAUUCAACAAAUUAGUCCAUUUGACAGUGUUUGUGUAGAAUGUAAAGUUGAUCAGCCUUGCUCCUACCGAUUCGUCACGAAGGACAAUGAAACAUGUUAUCUGUGCAACGAAGCGUGCGUCAAAAUAUAUCAAACGGACCACCCUGGCCAAUUCACAGUCACACACAAGAAAUACUUAAUAGAAGAAAUUGUGCCAAAGCAGUUGACUUGCUCAGAAUGCGAAGAAAAAAAGAUGUGCUAUUUCUACUACAACUACGACGGCGAAGAUACUAACUAUUGCUCAAUGGCCUGCUUAAACAGUAUGAUGGGUGACGAAGCCGAAAAAUACGCCUUCAAACGACGGAGAAUCAUAGUCGACGAAAUCGUACCCAGGGAAGCGGAAUGUUUCGUUUGUAAUGAGAAAAAGAAGUGCUCGUUUUGCCUAUACAGGUAUGGAGUCAGCCACUUGGUGUGCGAAAACCUGUGUAUAAAAAAGUUGAACGGCAAAGAAAACGGUAGGUAUUUGAUUAAAAAGAAGCGAACGCCUAGAAAACAGCCACCACAGAACCCUCCAUUAUUAAAAUUAAAGGUUAUCAGUAAUGCCACAGAUAAAUAUUUAGAUGAAGCUUACAAAAUACAGGCGAAGACGCCAGCGAUGGUGCAGGCGGCAAGGGACGAGAGAGAACGAACUUUUACAAGAAGAUGUAACCAAUGCUCGAUAGUACUUAAUGUUGACGAGAAACUGCUUACUUGGGAAACUAUGGACUUUUGCGACGAAAUGUGCUUAGGAAGGUAUCAGAACAAAAUCGGCUCGAGAUGUGCAAACUGCAAGAAUUCUGUUCAACACACCAGUUUAGGGAAAUACUGUGUCAGAUUCGGUUUCGACAUUCGGCAAUUCUGCAAUUGGGCUUGUUUAGAAGAGUUUAAGAAAGGUUUGAAGAUAUGUUGUUAUUGUCAAAGGGAUAUAUCAGUCGGACAUCAAGGUUUUCUAGCCCCUGUAGGCGAUAAAGGACAAUUUAAAGACUUUUGUUCUCAAGCCUGUAUGGAAAAGUUUGACCAGAUGAGUAAAAACCCUAUUCCGCAGCCUUUGUGGGCCAAGUGCGCGGUGUGUUCCUUAGAAAAGGCUACGUCCAUUGAGGUUGAGGUUAGUGAAGAAGUCUCACAGAGGUUGUGUUCAGAUCCCUGCUUUGCAGCUUUUAAAUUCGUCAAUAAUAUAUUUCCUGACCAAUGCCGCUGGUGUAAAAAAUAUUUCGAGCGCAAACAGAGUAAAUGUUUUACGAUAUAUGAAGGCGCUAGCGCACAUUGUUUCUGCUCCAAGUCUUGUAUGAAUGUGUACAUAAGUAACUCGAGGCAUAUAGUCCCAUGUAACUGGUGUAAAGUUAAGAAGUACAAUUUCGAUAUGAUCAGGCGAGUCCAGCCGAAUGGACAGGCUAUCAUGAUGUGCUCACUCAAUUGUUUGAAUCUCUAUCAGGUAUCGGUUAAUGCUGUGUCUUCCAGAAGAACAAAAUGUGAUAUGUGCAAGCGAACGUCAUUAGCGCAGUACCACUUAACUAUGUCGGACGCUACGGUUCGAAAUUUCUGCUCCUAUCAGUGCGUUAUGACAUUCCAGGGUCAAUACUCAAAACACACCCCUCCUUUGAUGCCGGGCGAGUCUCUUGAUCAGCAAAAAGCUGUACCUACAGGCGCACCCCGGCGGACGUACCCUGCCGCUGGUAAGAAUAAUGCUGUGAAGGCCCAGCAGCGCACUGCGACCGGCAUGCCGGUGAUCUCCAGCGUGCAGUCGCUGGCCGCGCCGCCGCCGCUGCUGCCGUCGCUCACGCGCCAGAAGUCCAAGCGCCUGCAAGCCGCCGAGCCUGAGCUCCCGCCCGCGCCCGUCACGCCGCCGCCACCCCCCAAACCUCCGACACCACCGCCACCCCCGCCCCCAAAAAUAUACAACCACGUCAUAGUCAAAACCCUACCCCCGAGAGAAGUCGCUAAUAAAGCAACCAUGUCCAAACCCAUGAUGGUGUCCAAAGGCGUAUCUUGCCGGCCACAUCCGUGCACAAAAGAAUGUCAAACUGACCCUAGUCUAGAACGCAGAGUACUUAUCCCCGUUCCCGUCCCUAUAUACGUUCCUGUGCCGUGCGCGAUGUGGUCGUUACCUUUCCCGGUACCAGUUCCUAUACCAAUACCGAUCCCGACGCCAGUAUUUAUUCCUACAACGAGAAAUUCAGCAAAGGGCAUCUUAAAGGAGAUCAAUAAAAUCCACGAUAAGAUGCCGACGGAUCCUUUCGAAGCCGAGCUGUUGAUGAUGGCGGAAAUGGUCGCUGGUGAUAAAAAGAAAGACCAGAGUGAUUCGGAUACGGAUGACGAUAAUGAGGAAAGCUUUAGCCCCGUCGCCGGUAUGGAUGGCAACAACGCAUUCGGUGAAGACAUGUUACAAAUGGCGUUGAAAAUGGCCACCGAAUACGAGGAUCAACCUGUAGAUUUGGAGUCCGCCAUGACAGCUAAUACUAUCACGCCUAGUUCACAUCCUGGUAUGCCUGGCCUGGAGGGCGAGAGCAUGCACCAUCACCACAUGAUGGUGCUGGAGCAGCAGCGCGCGGUGGCGGCGCUGCGCGCGUCCGCCGCGCCCCGCAAGCGCGCGCCCGCGCCCCCCGCGCGCCCCGCCGCGCGCCCCGCCAAGCGCCGCCGCGCAGACCCGCCGCCCGCGCCGCAGCCCGACCCGCCGCGCGAGCCCGCAGAGAAGCCCGACGCCAACAUGUGCCUCAAGUAUACAUUUGGCGUCAACGCGUGGAAACAGUGGGUCAUGACAAAGAACGCAGAAAUCGAGAAAAGCUCAAUACGACGGAAACCGUUCAAAUCAGAAAUCCUACAGUUAACAGCCGAUGAACUCAACUAUUCGCUAUGUCUAUUCGUGAAAGAAGUACGGAAACCCAAUGGGAGCGAAUAUGCGCCCGACACUAUUUAUUAUUUGGUUUUAGGUAUUCAACAAUAUUUGUUUGAAAACGGUAGGAUAGACAAUAUAUUUACGGAUCCAUAUUACGAAAAAUUCACGGACUGCUUGGACGAAGUCGCGAGGAAGUUCUCAGUUUUAUACAAUGACUCACAAUAUAUAGUAACGCGAGUAGAAGAGGAACACUUGUGGGAGAGCAAACAGCUUGGCGCGCAUUCACCGCAUGUAUUGCUGUCCACUCUCAUGUUCUUCAAUACGAAGCAUUUUAAUUUAGUGACGGUAGAAGAACAUAUGCAGCUAUCAUUCUCUCAUAUUAUGAAACAUUGGAAAAGGAACCCCAACCAGCCAGGCCAGGCGAAGAUUCCCGGAUCUAGGAAUGUGCUGCUAAGGUUUUACCCCCCACAAUCAGCUUUAGAAGCAAAUUCAAGAAAAAAGAAAGUCUACGAGCAGCAAGAGAAUGAAGAGAAUCCCCUUAGAUGUCCUGUUAAAUUAUAUGAAUUUUAUAUAUCUAAAUGUUUGUACUCUCCCUACAGCCCCGAGUCCGUGCGCACUCGCAACGACGUGUUCUACCUGCAGCCGGAGCGGUCCUGCGUGCCCGACUCGCCCGUCUGGUACUCCACGCAGGCGCUCAGCCGACAGGCGCUGGCCAAGAUGCUGCACAGGGUCAAGAUGGUCAAGGAGAUCAAUAUCGCGCUGUUGACCAGCUAAGAUUACCCCUCCAGUCUGCAAACGGCUUACAAACUAAUGCAGCAAUACGAUGCGAAUUACUGGCUCGGCCACAGGCUUUAUUUUCCGGAGCUCAAGUGCCGCUCCCCCAGGCAGGCGCUAAGCCAGCGUCAGUGAUCACCUAUCAAAUCUGUUGUUGUCAAUACAGUGACAUGUAUAUUUUUUCUACUUUGUAUAUCAGUCUGCGUAAAGGACGGCGAACAUUAAUUUUAAAUAAAUAGUUUAUAUUAGAUUACUUUUUUAUAAUGUUGCAAUGUUUUAGUGUAAGUUUCUGUGCGGGACUGUUUUAUGUAUGUACAGACAAUGGUACUAGUUGUAUCGUUAUAUUCAAUUAUUGUUUUAUUUAUCGUAAUAUUAUCCAUUUUUAUUAUUUCUGUCAUUAUUUUUUAUUACAUGAUCUAAUUCGAAUCAUUGGAAAUUGUAAAUACGCCAAGCGAAGCAGGAUCGUUUAUUAUAACAGAAAAGUGUGAUACAUUCUCAUUAAAGUUAUUGGCAAGUUAGGUUUUACGUUCCUCGGUGCCAGGUGAGAAGAAUUUUACUAACGCCCUCGUGUAAAAUUUAAAUAAUAAAUUUAGAUGUAAGUUAAAUAAAUUCCAAGUUUUAGUGGCAAAUUCACUCAUGUGUUAUAGUAGUUUUCAUUUUAUGAAUUGGGAAAACGAUAUAAUAUCUCAGAUAGAAAUUUUUAUUGAAAAUAUUAUAGCUUAGUAAAAGAGUCAGAUUCGUAUUAUAUAUUUUAAGUAUAAUGGCGUCAGUUGUAAGGUUUAGGUAUUACGCUGUGUAAAAAAAGAAUACUGAUUCUCUAAAA